AUGGGUAAGUUACAGUGUUUUUUGUUCAUAAUCACAUUGCUUCAAGUUUCAAAACUUGUCAUUUCAGAACGUGAUCAAGUCACUACACCUCCAUUACCAAUCCUACCAUUACCAUCAUUUUCUCAAUUGAAAUGGCAAGAAAGGGAACUCAUUGUGUUUCUUCACUUUGGUGUCAACACAUUCACUGAUUCUGAAUGGGGCACUGGUCAUGAAAACCCUGCUAUUUUCAAUCCUGUUGGCCUUAAUGCUAACCAAUGGGUAAAAGUGGCAGCAGAAGCUGGAUUUUCUCUCAUGAUAUUAACUGCAAAGCACCAUGAUGGAUUCUGCUUGUGGCCUAGUAAAUACACUGGCCAUUCCGUGGAAAGCAGUCCAUGGAAAAACGGGCAUGGAGAUGUUGUCCAAGAACUUGUCAAUGCAGCCAAGAAUCAUGGUGGGAUUGACGUGGGACUGUAUCUUUCUCCAUGGGAUAGGCAUGACAAAAGAUAUGGUAAUGAUUUGGAGUACAAUGGAUACUACAUGGCUCAAUUGCAAGAACUUCUUAACAAGUAUGGGAGUAUUAGAGAGAUAUGGUUUGAUGGUGCAAAAGGUUCAAAUGCACCAAACAUGUCAUAUUAUUUCUCAGAUUGGUUUUCAAUGGUGAAAGAGUUGCAAGCUUCUAUCAACAUAUUUUCCGACGCCGGCCCGGACGUUAGAUGGGUUGGAAAUGAAAAUGGUUUUGCCGGAGAUUCUUGUUGGUCCACCAUCAAUAGGACCUCACUCUCAAUCGGAAAUGGAAGCAUUGUUGAUUAUCUUAACACCGGAGACCCAGAGGGGACAGAUUGGCUGCCAGCAGAAUGUGAUGUUUCAAUCCGAAGAGGAUGGUUUUGGCACAAGUCAGAAUCACCGAAGAAGUUAAGCAUGUUACUUGACAUAUAUUACAAAUCGGUCGGACGAAACUGUGUCCUAUUAUUCAAUGUGCCCCCAAAUUCAACAGGCCUUGUGUCUGAGGAUGAUGCACAAAGAUUGAGGGAGUUUAGAGGUGCAAUUGACACAAUAUUUUCUACAAAUUUAGCUGACAAGUGUCUUACAAAAGCUAGCAGCCAAAGAGGGGACCAGGAUAGCGAUUUCGGGCCCCAAAAUGUGCUAGAUAGUGACCAUUUGUGGACUUAUUGGGCACCAAAAGAUGAAGAGUUCAAAGAUAAUUGGAUUGAGAUCAAAUGCAUCGAUGAAUUAAGAUUUAAUGUAAUUAGAAUCCAAGAGGCAAUUGGUCUUGGUCAAAGGAUCAAACAACAUGAAGUUUAUGUGGAUGGUAAGAAGGUUGCUAAAGGUACGACAGUAGGGCACAAGAGGCUUCAUAGGAUUGAAGAGGGAGUUGUUAAGGGUCGGACUGUGAGGAUUCAGAUUCUCAAAUCAAGAGCAGUGCCAUUGAUCUCUUCUGUUGGUUUGCAUUACGACCCUUUUUGGCACCCAGAUAAUUAA